UCAAUGCCCUGAGAAUCUAAUGUAAAGUCUAACAGCCACUCCUCCAUGUCAAUUCCAUCUCAAAACACUUGUGUUCGAAACUUGAUCAGUAUUUAAGACCAAACCUGCAGGGCGAAUCUUGUUGUCGGUUCCAACUAAAGAUGCUGCCUUGGUCAUUGCAGAACAAGUUGUGUUUUAAUAUUGCCUUCGUCCAAAACCGAAAACCUUUCUUUAAUCUUGACUUCUUGUCUGCAUACGCAAAUAAGUUGGUGAGCAUUUAAUAAUAUAUCCAGUCGACGAAUUCAAGGUCAUUUAUUUCCUCAGCCCUUUGUUGUUUGCUCUAAACAUGAGGCCAAAGAUCUAUCUUUUUGGAGACUCCAUCACGGAGUCUUCCUUCAACGAUGGCGGUUGGGGUGCUGCUCUUGCAAAUCAUUUCUCUCGCACGGUUGAUGUGGUGCUGAGAGGGUACAGUGGGUACAAUACGAGGUGGGCGUUUAAGGUGUUUGAUAGGGUUUUUCCUGCAGCGGAAAGCGGUGGUUCUGAGGGUACAGCACAGCCGCUGGCGGUGACCGUGUUCUUUGGAGCUAAUGAUGCUUGCCUUCCCGAUGGAUACGCAGCUUUCCAACACGUGCCGGUUGAUGAGUACAAGCAGAAUCUCCACUCCAUCGUCUCCUCUCUCAAGAAUAGAUGGCCGAAGACUCUCAUUCUUCUGAUCACCCCUCCUCCAAUUGAUGAAGACGAACGCCUUAGACAUCCUUACGCCGAGAAUCCAUCCGGUUUGCCCGAGAGGACGAACGAAGCCGCCGGUGCUUUCGCCAAUGCAUGCGUGGAAGCUGCUGCAGAAUGUGGGAUACCAGUGGUCGAUCUCUGGAACAGGAUGCAGCAGUAUCCUGACUGGCGCAAAGCUUUUCUUAGUGAUGGUUUGCACCUCACAGGGGAAGGCAACAAGGUUGUGUUUGAGGAGGUAACGAAGAAGCUGGAUGAAGGGGGCAUAAGCCUGGGAAAGCUGACGGUUGAUCUCCCACUUUUAGCUGAUAUCGACCGAUGUGAUCCACUCAAGGCUUUCCACUAGAAGUUCAAAUCUUAAUAAAUCACUUCUAUUAUUUUUUAGCAGAUGGUCUCAAAUUUCAUUCUGAUAAGAUUGUAAUAAAUAAAGUCGCUCUCCAUAAAUCGAGUUGUGGAAAUAAUGAACGUGACAUGUUUAUGGACAUUGCAUGUAGAAACAGAACACUGCCCACUUUCCAGGAAUCAU